CGAUCCACCACCGCGUCUCGAGAACCUAAACCUCUCUCAUUCCUUUACGUGCGAUGGAGAUCCUAGAACUAGAAGCGGCGGCGGCAGCAGCUGAUCUCGAUUCUUCUUCGACCCAUUAAUUAGCUCUCGGGGAACGCUCAUCAAUAUUCGAACAAAUUAAAAUGUUUCAAGAACAAGCGACGAGCUCCCUCCCUUCGAGCAGCGAGAGAUCCUCCAGCUCUGCUCCUCAGACGGACAUCAAAGAAGGAAUGGAGAGCGAUGAGGACAUAAGACGGGUGCCAGAGUUCGGGCAGUUCGACCUGGCCGGCUCAUCGAAUUCCGGGCAAGGAUCAGGUUCGGCCGAAGUCAAUAUUGCGGACCGCGCUCAGUCGUCUGGCGGCCAUGCCGGACAGCAGCUGGUGAAGAGGAAGGGGAGGAACGCCGCUGAAAAAGAGCACAAACGCCUCAAAAGAUUGUUGAGAAAUCGAGUGUCGGCUCAGCAAGCGAGGGAGAGGAAGAAGGCGCACUUGAGCGAGUUGGAGGCGAAGGCGAAUGACCUGGAGAGCAGGAACUCGGAGCUGGAGGAGAGGCUGUCCACGUUGCAGAAUGAAAACAAGAUGCUACGACAAAUACUAAAGAACACUACUAGCAACAGGAAGGCAUCGUCCACGGGCGCCAGCAGCAUCGAUCCUGACGCCUCGACAGAUUAAUAAUAAAAUCAUUACUCAGUAAAUGAUCGAUUAAUCAAUUAAUUUCGAAUGUAAUUAUGCCAUAAAUGAAAUAGUAUUUGAUUAUGACAGAACGAGAAAUAUUAUGACACUUUUGUAAUUAUAGUUGUGUGAAUAUGUGUGUAUAUUUCAGAUAUAUGCGAACCAGAAUUUCCUUGCAAAAA